GAGAGAGAGAGAGAGAGAGAGUGUGGAGGACUGGAAGAAAAAAAAAGUCCGUAAAGAAAGAGAGGCUCCUCACUCCGACGCUAAUUUCUGUCAAACAAGUACCGAAGCUUCGCGGCGGAGAGAUGUCAACCAGCGGCCAGGAUGCGGCGGUGGAGACGGAGUGAACCGGACACUUAGAACUUGUUGGAGGAAGAGAGAGAGAGAGAGAGAGAGAGAGAGAGAGUGAGAGAGAGAGAGAAGAAGAAGAAGAAGGUUUUUCCUGAAGUCGGGACGGGAGCUUCGUCUUUCCGCCGCAACUUGAGAGCAGGUUUCUACGCUGCUGCGGUGCUGGUGGUGACCGGACGAGAGGCGACACAGGACCGCACCGCGAGGUCUGUGCCCGCUGUGGAAAGCGCUCGAGCGGGCCCUUCAGCGCGGCUGGAGCCCGGAGGAAAAGAGGGAGAGAGACGGACCGAGAGAGCGCCGUGGUUCGCGGACACAGCCGCUGAGGCAGUGCGGUCAGAAAAGUUUCACCUAGUUUUCCUUCACCGGGAACUAGCGGCGGAAGAAGAGGCCGAGAGACUUGACUUUUUUUAUUCCCACGAGCGACUUAGUGAGGCACCCAGCCGGGUUUGGUGAACUUUAGCCACCGUCCUGCUAAGUUAGCCGAAGCGGAGAGAAUGAAAACACCCGGAGACUCCGGGAUCGCCUUUCCAGAAUGGGCCUACAAGCCAGAGUCAAGCCCUGGGUCCCGGCAGAUCCAGCUGUGGCACUUCAUCCUGGAGCUACUCCGGAAGGAGGAGUAUCACGAUGUCAUCGCCUGGCAGGGGGACUACGGCGAGUUUGUCAUCAAGGACCCGGAUGAAGUGGCCCGACUGUGGGGGGCCAGGAAGUGUAAACCCCAAAUGAACUACGAUAAACUGAGCAGGGCACUGAGAUAUUACUACAACAAGAGAAUCCUUCAUAAGACUAAAGGCAAGAGGUUCACCUAUAAGUUCAACUUCAAUAAACUGGUUUUAGUCAACUACCCCUUCAUCGACAUGGGCUCCACAGGAAGCAGCGUUCCUCAGAGCGCCCCUCCUGUCCCCACAGGUGCAGGGUCCCACUUCCGCUUUCCUCCUUCAACACCUUCUGAAGUUCUCUCCCCCAAUGAGGACUUGCGCAGCCCCGGCAUGUUCAGCUCUGUGGCCCGACGAAUGGCACGAGGCUCAGUCAGCGACUGCAGCGACGGCACCUCUGUCAACUCUGAGAUUGAGGAGGGCAACACAGGAGCGGGAGAGGAGAGAGGAGAGAGGGGUGUGAGCGGAGGAGGACCUGGUGGUGGAGGAGGCUACCGGAGUAUCAUCCAUCCUCGUCUGUCUCAUGAGACCCUCUUCCGCAUGUACGGAGGAGGCAACCCGGCCGGCCACCCAGGCUCCCGUGGCCCCGCAGGGCACCGUAUCCACCCAGAGCCCCUGUCCCCCUUCCCUGUAUCCCCUCUGCCAGGGCCAGGAGGAGCUGGCCUCCUGGCCCCUCCUCUGUCCCCUGCACUCUCCAUGACCCCCACAUCUCACCUAAACUACACUCCUUCACCCACCUUGUCCCCCAUGUUAGGCUCCCAUUUCUCCUUCAAUCCAGAGGACAUGAAGCGCUACUUGCAGGCCCACACCCAGUCAGUGUACAACUACGGCCUCAGCCCUAGAGCUUUCCUCCAGUACCCCAACAUCAUUAUCCCGCAGCCCCACCGACCCAUGGCCGACAAGUCUGGUCUGAGUGGAGAAAGAGGAGCGGCAGAGAGAGCAGAAAGAGCAGCGGCAGGCGGAGGAGAGAGGGGAGGAGAGCGGCACCACCAUCCACCUCUGGCUCACUCCGCCCACCACCAUCCGCAUCCACCUCACUCUGCCCACCCUCACCCUCACCCCCAUUCCCAUCCAAUGCAUCACCCGCUCCAUUUGGGUGAGGAGCCUCCACACAUGUCUCCCUUCAAAUUCAAGUUGCAGCCACCGCCACUGGGCAGGAAGCAGAGGGAUACUCAAAUCCAGAGCAAACACAGGCAGAGCUCGCUGUCCUCAGGCUCAGGAUCUGGGUCUAUGUCGUCUACUUCGGGUCUGGGGUCCUCGCUGUCGUUUGGCAGUGAUCUGAGCUCAGCCAGUGGCUCAGGCCUCAUCUCUGCCUCCUCUUCAACGCAGUCUCUAAACAGUGCAGGACUUCCCAAGAUAAAGGUGGAGCCAAUCUCUGACAUAGAGUCAGAGGAAGAGGUGGAGGUGACCGACAUUAGUGAUGAGGACCCAGAUGAAAGAGAUGAAGAGUUCUUCUCCACUCGCCACUCAAGAGCCUCUGACCACCGCAACCACCACCACUUUGCUAACGGCACAGCCGCACCCCAACAUCAACACCACCAUGAUGAGGACCUGGACGAGGAUGUCUUCAAAGCCCCUGCUCCGCCUCCACCUGGCCUGAUGCCCUUUUUCACCUCGCAGCACACACACUCCGUACAUCGUGGGGUGCCCACCCUCAAGAUUGAACCCAUUGAGCCAGGGGAGAGCAGCACGCCUCCACCUCAGAUGGGCUCAUCUCCCCAGACCAAGUGCAUCCCCCUGAAGCUGCGCUUCAAAAGGCGCUGGAGCGAAGACCAGCGUAUGGAAGCCUCACAGGAGGAGUCGGACGAUAAGAAAGUACGACCAGAGGAGGAGAGGGAAAGAGGGAGGCAAAGCAAUGGACGGAUGGAGAUGGAGGAGGACGGGACAGGGAGUGGAGAAGGGGACAGUCCUCCCCCAUUGGCGUACGAGGGCUCUUUAGCCACACCGUUGGCCUCACAUAGGAGGGUGAGCGCAGAGCUGCAUCGUGCCACUGCACAGCUGUCGCUGGAGAACAAAGACUGCUGAUGAGAAUCACAGCAUUAACACUACUGUCCCAGUAGCACAGGAGUAUGUAAAUGGUUCCUCUGUAAUCCCUCUCCCAUACUGACAAACUAGAUUCCUGAGCAGCGUUUGACAGACACACACAUUCAAAAUCAACUCCUCAACGGCAGCCAGUCAGGUCCCGCAGCUGUGUUCUGUCCCCUCUGGGACACAUCCUUUGGGAGGAGGGACACACUCAUACUCAGCCAUCCCAGGCACGGUGACUGUAACAGGGCUGAAAUCAGACGGAUGCUGCCUCACGAAACCUGGCCUCUAGUUCACCUCCCACCUGGCCAAUGAAGCUCCAGAUGCCCUGUCCCAGUAGCACGGCUCCUGCCUUCAGACCCCGACUGGUAGGUUCAGCAGCCAGUCAAGACUUUCCUCAGGGGACACACACACUCCCUUACAGCCCAGCAACACAAACACACACACGCUCCUCCCGUGAUACUUUUCUUUCAAGACAACAGGACUCUGUCAAGUGCCUGUAUCCAAAACCCACAGCCCAGGAAUGACACGGAAGAGAGCAAAGAUGGGAGAGUGGGACGGAGGAGGACGGCUUUGAGUCUGCCAGAUCACAAGGACACAAAACGAAAAGUGUGAACGUGUAUGACUGAAGAGCGGGGCUGUUGGUGUCUGACUGACUCUUAAACCCGACCCACUCCACUCAGGGAAGCAUAUUGCUGUAUGUUUAUUUGAUUCAUGCACACACUUGGAAAAAAAAAAAAACAGCCAACAGUUAAUGGGACUUGGGGGCUAAGGA